UGUGAUUAGUUGGCAUUGCGGCUGCCAGUCCAGCGCAGAGCGGAGCGGCCGCCGGAGAUGCCUGACGUUCUGUUCUGAGGAGCGGCCAGCGGCGCGAUGGAGCGGGCCAGGGACCGCUUACACUUGAGACGCACUACUGAACAGCACGUGCCAGAGGUGGAAGUCCAAGUCAAACGUAGAAGGACAGCCUCACUGAGCAACCAAGAGUGUCAGCUGUACCCAAGGCGAUCUCAGCAGCAGCAAGUCCCCGUGGUGGAUUUCCAGGCCGAGCUGAGGCAGGCGUUCUUAGCCGAGACCCCCAGAGGCGGUUAAGCGGUCUUGGCA